AUGUCUCGCCUCGUCGAAAUCUCCUGGAAGGUUGUAACCCAUCCGGGAGCUCCGCCAAUUACCCUGACUGGCACCGCGGAGCAAGUCUAUGCGAAGCUCGUCGAAAUCAACGCCAACUACGACGACGACUUCAAAGAUAUUGAGCCGGAGCUGGAGCUGCAGCCCACCGAAAGCCUCGACAAGCGAAAGGAUACCCUUGUCUGUGAAGGCGAACGGUACGCCACGACAAACAGGAUCCAGGAGGGCAUCAGCUACCUUCGCAAAGUCAAGGGCGAGCCUCAACUAAGCCCUUACGAUUGUGGUAGAGUGAGCUGCUCCUGGCACUCCGCAAUUGUUUGGUGCAAUGAUAGCCCCCACUCGAAGACCCUCCCUUCCUUCAUUAACAUUGCCGAGGGCGCACAGGUGAUUGUUAACGGGUGCGAUGAUGACGGCCUAGUCAAGGGAUGGCUCGACCACACUGAUCGCUGGAGGGUGGUUGUUCACUCUGUAGAGUGCUAG